CGCGCGCGCGCAGCGAUACAAACCGUGAAACCGUCCUUUGGCUUCGUUGAGGUUUAAGAAAGUCAACCCACGCUCGGAGGUGAACGAGUCACGUUAGCAUGUGCUAGCUCGUCGUUAGCACGGCAGCUGACGUUCUGACUUUUGACGCUCGUAUCCUACGCUCACCGCCCCCCCCUCUCCCCCCUUCAUCAUCAUCAUCACCCUCACCCUCCUCCUCUUCAUCCUCCUCCUCCGGGUGUAGCUCUCAAACAUGGCGGCCCUCAGAGUUGUGUGCAGAGCGGAGCGUCUUUUCCUCAGAAACAUCUCCGGUCCCAGCAGACGCAAAUAUAACGACCAGCAGGUGAGCAAGACCUGUGGCUGUUACUUUUCUACCACCAACCAGAGAAGUUCACAGUUCUACUCGGACCCUACAGAUGCAGUCAAAGAUAUCCCCAGUGGAGCUACAAUCCUUGUGGGAGGUUUUGGAUUAUGUGGCAUCCCAGAGAAUCUUAUCAACAGUUUACUGAAGACUGGUGUGAGAGGUCUCACUGCCGUCAGCAACAAUGCAGGAGUGGAUAACUUUGGGCUGGGCCUGCUGCUCCAGACGAAGCAGAUAAAGAGGAUGAUCUCCUCAUACGUUGGAGAGAAUGCAGAGUUUGAGCGACAGUAUCUGUCGGGGGAGUUGGAAGUGGAACUGACACCACAGGGCACUCUUGCAGAGAGGAUCAGGGCUGGUGGUGCCGGUAUUCCAGCUUUCUUCACCGCCACAGGCUAUGGCACACUAAUCCAAGAGGGAGGCUCUCCCAUCAAGUACAACAAAGAUGGCAGCAUUGCCAUCGCUAGUGAGAAGAGAGAGGUCAAAGAGUUCAAUAACAGGCACUACAUCAUGGAAAAGGCCAUCACCGGAGACUUUGCAUUGAUCAAGGCAUGGAAGGCUGACAGGGCUGGAAACAUUGUUUUCAGGAAAACAGCCCGAAACUUCAAUCAGCCUAUGUGCAAGGCAGCCAAAACCACAAUAGUAGAGGUGGAGGAGGUGGUGGAUGUUGGGACUUUUGCUGAAGAGGACAUCCACAUACCCAGCAUCUAUGUGCACAGGGUUGUCCUGGGAGCCGGCUUCGAGAAGAGGAUCGAGAAACGCACAGUAAAGAAAGGUCAAGAUGAGAAGCCCAAACCCAAGAAGGCCUCGGAUAUUGUUCGGGAGAGGAUCAUUCGCCGAGCUGCUCUGGAGUUUGAGGAUGGGAUGUAUGCUAACCUUGGUAUUGGUAUCCCCAUGUUGGCCAGCAACUUUAUAAAACCAGACAUCACUGUGCACCUUCAAAGUGAAAAUGGGAUUCUGGGACUGGGGCCGUACCCCACUGAGGAUGCAGUCGAUCCAGAUCUGAUUAACGCUGGAAAGGAGACCGUCACCGUGCUCCCUGGAGCUGCCUAUUUCUCCAGUGAUGAGUCAUUUGCCAUGAUCCGAGGGGGACACAUCAACCUGACGAUGCUGGGAGCCAUGCAGGUGUCAAAACAUGGAGACCUGGCCAACUGGAUGAUCCCGGGUAAGAUGGUGAAGGGAAUGGGAGGAGCCAUGGAUUUGGUGGCUAGUGCCGGAACCAAGGUGGUGGUCACCAUGGAGCAUUCAGCUAAGGGAGGAAAACACAAGAUAUUGGAAGCAUGUAGCCUGCCGUUGACAGGGAAACAGUGUGUUGAUCGUAUCAUCACAGAGAAGGCUGUGUUUGAUGUGGAUCAGACUAAAGGCCUGACUCUGAUAGAAGUAUGGGAGGGGCUCACUCCAGAGGAUAUCAAGGCAUGCACUGGCACAGAGUUUGAGGUGUCUCCCAAUCUGACGGCCAUGCAGCAAAUCUAGAGGAGCCUGGAAAGAGAGAGAGAGAGAGAGAGAGAGAGAGAGAGAGAGAGAGAGAGACGCAUUUUUGAUUUGCAUCACCUCAUUUCUCUGUGAUGAACAGUUGAUGUAGCAGCCUGUGAUAGGUCAAAUAAGUUCAUAAACCAAAACUACUUCAGGUCACAUCGCUUCCUGCCUUCCUGACUUAUAGGAACCAAAAUGAAUGAUAAUUUUUCUUGCAAUCAGAUUAUUUGGGAUCAUUACAUUGUUGCGUAAUUACACCAUCAGUUAGUAAGUUAUUCUUUUGCUUUACAGAUUUUUCUAUUAUGAUCAAUUUCAUGCAAUAUAUAUACAAACAAAUGUGAUUUCAUAUUUACCGAAGGAUCAAGACGUUGCUAUAAAAUUACACAGAGCUGAAAUGUAAUGUUUAGAUGAGAAUUAGCUGUAAUUCAAGAGAUUUCUCGUUUGGAAGAAGGGAAUAUGUACGUAGUUGUACCAUGUGACAAAAAAGUAAUUUAAUGAUUUAUGCAGUGAAUAUGCAGUAAGAUCUCUAUUCUUCAUUUGGGGAAUGCAGUAUGUAGUUGCUCUGCUCGUCAACCAGAACACAUAAUGCCUCAAGAUUUUGCACUCAGACGUUUGCCGUCCCACUGCCUUUGUGUAAAAUAAAAUAUGACAGUAUGCCGAGUGGAAUAA